AAGCUUGUGACGUCUUAACGUCUAUGUUUGAGCUAGACCAGAGCCACCGAAAAUGUCCGUCUGUGUGCUACGGAUUGGUUGGGACGGGGGACUUUGGCAGGAAAUAAUACACAUUUCCCCCUGAGUAAAACCGUCACAAACCAUACAUUCUGACACCCUAGAAAGCUUUCCGCCGGAGGAGUGUCGAGUUGGCGUGUUAGGGCGACCACCAAGACGGAUUGUACAGAGACUGUUCUCCCGUUGUAAUGUCGGGUCCUGGGUCUCGAAGGAACGGGUCCAGCAUCAAAAUCCGGCUGACAGUAUUAUGUGCCAAGAACCUCGCAAAAAAAGACUUCUUCCGGUUGCCAGACCCGUUUGCUAAGGUUGUCGUGGAUGGAUCCGGACAGUGCCAUUCUACAGAUACGGUGAAGAGCACAUUAGAUCCCAAAUGGAACCAGCACUACGACCUCUACAUAGGGAAGACAGACUCCAUUACCAUCAGUCUGUGGAACCAUAAGAAGAUCCACAAGAGGCAAGGUGCCGGGUUCCUGGGCUGCAUACGACUCCUCUCCAAUGCCAUCAGCCGGCUGAAAGAUACCGGCUACCAGCGGUUGGAUCUGUGUAAGCUGAACCCUUCAGACAGCGAUGUGGUUCGAGGGCAGAUCGUAGUGAGUCUCCAGACCAGAGAUCGUAUUGGAGGCGGAGGACCAGUGGUGGACUGUAGAGGACUUCUAGAGAAUGAGGGGCCUGUGUUUGAGGGGUGUUUUAGCGAGGAGCCGCUACCAUACUCAGACCCCACAGGCGCUGCUGGGGGUGGGACCUGUCGCCUUGAUUCGCCUAACCAAGAGAAUCGGCUCCAGGCUCAGCGAAUCAGAGGCCAAGAUUCCAGAGGCCACACCCACACACCUCAGAACCGACCACUUGUCAACCAAUCACCUGAUCUGCCCGAGGGAUAUGAACAACGCACCACCGUGCAGGGCCAAGUGUAUUUUCUUCACACACAGACAGGAGUCAGCACCUGGCAUGACCCACGGAUACCCAGGGACCUGACCAGUGUGAGCUGUGAGGAGUUGGGUCCCCUGCCCAGCGGCUGGGAGGUGAGGAGCACAGUGUCAGGGCGGAUCUACUUUGUGGACCACAACAACCGAACCACACAGUUCACUGACCCCCGACUACACACCAUCAUCAGCCAACACUCCCAGGUGAAGGAGUCUUCUCAACCGCUGGGUGGAGGAGGGAUGGAGGUGGGUGGGGAGGAGGGAGGAGGAGAGGGGGAGGUGACUCUUCGCUACGAGAGAGAUCUGGUCCAUAAACUGAAGCUGCUCCGACAUGAACUGUCGCUACAACAACCACAGGCAGGACACUGUCGAAUAGAGGUUUCCAGAGAGGAGAUAUUUGAGGAGUCAUAUCGUCAGAUCAUGAAGAUGAGACCAAAGGAUCUGAAGAAACGUCUCAUGGUGAAGUUUAGAGGAGAAGAAGGGCUGGAUUACGGAGGGGUUGCCAGGGAGUGGCUGUAUCUGCUUUGCCAUGAGAUGUUGAAUCCAUACUAUGGUCUGUUCCAGUACUCUACAGAUAACAUCUAUACCCUACAGAUCAACCCUGACUCCUCUAUCAACCCUGUGAGUUUAAAAACACUACAGGUCAAUCCUGACUCCUCUAUCAACCCUGUGAGUUUAAAAACACUACAGGUCAAUCCUGACUCCUCUAUCAACCCUGUGAGUUUAAAAACACUACAGGUCAACCCUGACUCCUCUAUCAACCCUGUGAGUUUAAAAACACUACAGGUCAAUCCUGACUCCUCUAUCAACCCUGUGAGUUUAAAAACACUACAGGUCAAUCCUGACUCCUCUAUCAACCCUGUGAGUUUAAAAACACUACAGGUCAACCCUGACUCCUCUAUCAACCCUGUGAGUUUAAAAACACUACAGGUCAAUCCUGACUCCUCUAUCAACCCUGUGAGUUUAAAAACACUACAGGUCAAUCCUGACUCCUCUAUCAACCCUGACCACCUGUCAUAUUUCCACUUUGUGGGACGUGUUAUGGGUCUAGCCGUGUUCCAUAGUCAUUACAUCAAUGGAGGCUUCACGCUGCCCUUCUACAAACAGCUGCUGGGGAAACCCAUCACCCUGCAAGACCUGGACAGCACCGACCCGGAACUACACAAAAGUCUGGUCUGGAUCCUAGAGAAUGACAUCACGUCGGUUCUAGAUCACACGUUCUGCGUGGAACACAGUGCCUUCGGAAAGUUCCUUCAACACGAGCUAAAACCCAACGGGCGGAACAUCCCGGUUACAGAGGAAAACAAGAAGGAGUAUGUGCGUCUGUAUGUCAACUGGAGGUUCCUGAGGGGCAUUGAAGCCCAGUUCUUGGCUUUGCAGAAAGGAUUCAGCGAACUGAUCCCUCAACACCUCCUUAAACCCUUUGACCACAAGGAGCUAGAGUUGAUCAUUGGAGGUUUGGGAAAGAUCGAUCUUGCUGACUGGAAAUCCAACACGCGUCUCAAGCACUGUGCUGUAGACAGCAAUGUGGUGCGCUGGUUCUGGGAGGCUGUGGAGAGUUUUACUGAGGAGAGAAGAGGACGCUUGCUGCAGUUUGUUACCGGCUCUACCAGAGUACCUCUACAAGGUUUCAAGGCUCUGCAGGGUUCUACAGGUGCAGCAGGCCCAAGGCUGUUUACCAUUCACCUGAUAGACGCCAACACAGACAACCUACCCAAGGCUCACACGUGUUUUAACAGGAUAGAUAUCCCUCCCUACGAGUCCUACGAGAAACUUUAUGAGAAACUGCUGACGGCCGUGGAGGAAACCUGUGGAUUCGCUGUGGAGUGACUGAGACUUUGACAGAGACUUGCAAUAACUCCUACAGAACUACUGUUGAUGAUCACCAGACAGAAUCAUCAAGACCUUCCCACCCCAACCAGACAGAUAUCCAGGGGAACGUUGUGGGUUAUGGCUGGGUUUGUUACCAUGGUUACGUUGGGGUGGUCGUGGGUUCCAGUAUUUUAGAAUUUUUUCAGAUGUUUUGAAGAAGCAUUUUUAUCCUUCAGUUUUAUCGAGCUAUGAUGUCACUCUUUAGAACAACCAAUGACUUUGACUCUGUUUCAGAUCCUCCAAUCCCACAGUCUAUGUACAGAAUCACAAUCAGAGAUGAUCUGAGUUGAAAUCCUCCAAUCAGAAAGCAGCAACAGAUUGAUUAUGUUCAUGCUUCAUGUUUAACCACUGUUAUGUAUGUGUGUGUGUGUGCGCGUGUAUGUGUGUGCGCGCGUAUGUGUGUGCGCGCGUAUGUGUGUGCGC